AUGGCCUUCGCUGCCCCCGACCACGGGCCAGGCUACUCCUUCACAUCACCCACCACCGCCUCCGCCCCCAAACAACAUGGCUUCUACCCCUAUACCGACAAUGGCGGCUCCAUCCUCGGCAUCUCCGGCGCCGACUUCACCAUCCUCGCCGGUGACACCCGGUCCACCUCCGGCUACAACAUCAACUCCCGCAUGGCGCCCAAGCUGUUCCGCAUCGGCGGCGAGGGCCCGGACGCCACCGGCGCGCGAAUCAUCCUCGGCGUUGUCGGCUUCGGCGCGGACGGCGCCGCCCUCAAGGAGCGCCUCGACACCAUCGUGAAAAUCUAUCGGUACGAGCACGGGAAGGACAUGUCAGUUAAAGCGUGCGCGCAGCGGCUGUCGCAUCUGCUGUAUGGGAAGCGGUUCUUCCCGUAUUAUACGCAUGCGAUCCUAGGUGGGAUCGACGAGGAGGGGAAGGGGGCGUUGUAUAGCUAUGAUCCGGUGGGGAGCUAUGAGCGGGAGCAGUGUCGGGCGGGCGGGGCGGCGGCGAGUUUGAUCAUGCCGUUUUUGGACAAUCAAGUGAAUUUCAAGAAUCAGUACGUGCCGGGGAGCGGGGAGGGGCAUGAUUUGAAGGCGCGGGAGGUGGUGCCGUUGUCGCGGAACUAUGUGAUGGAGUUGGUGGAGGAUGCGUUUACGAGUGCGGUGGAGAGGCAUAUUGAGGUGGGGGAUGGAUUGCAGGUGUUGGUGGUGACAGAGAAUGGGAUUGAGGAGCGGAUUUCGCCGCUGAAGCAGGAUUAG